UCAUUCUAUUUAUCAUCUUUUCCUGUGGACGUCCAUGUCCAUUUUUAAAGUUGUUUGUGGGUUACCAUCCUUAACCAGAAUUUAAUGUUAAUCAAUCAUAUUGAUUUUUUCAAACAGACAUCUCUUCUGGCAAUCUAGUUAUCUGAUUAAACAUUCUUUUUGUCGGCAUAUCUGUUUUAUAUGCUACGCAUUCCGUCACUACUCUUUGGUUAAUUCUCUGUGUGAUGCUGAAUCAGUCAGCAGUCUUGUUUUUCAGAAUUAUUCUUCUAUUCUUGUUGUCAUUUAAUUAGGGAAAUUGGUUAUAAUUUGUUGCCAAUUGUGGAACAGCUUGUCCAAUUUCUCCUAAAGCAAGCAGAGCUUGAUAAGCGCACCGGUGAUCUUUAUGGAAAUCGUGAUUUUCUAAAUAUUGCUCGCAACAUGGCUCGUGGACUAGAGGUCUGAUGGAAAAGGUUUUACAUAUUUGUUUGCAGAUUCUUCCAUCGUUUGCUUAUAGAUUAUUUUCAAAUUUUUCUUCUAGGGGGUUGAGAAUGUCUACACCCAGCACCGGCCGGCUGAGAGAUGUGGACUACCCAUACGUUGGAAAUCAUUUUCAGCAGGGCAGGCCACAGGAGGUAGUUAUAUUCAUUGUUGGUGGAACAACUUAUGAGGAGUCACGUUCCGUUGCUCAGCUAAAUGCCAGCAGUUCUGGAAUCCGUUUUCUACUUGGUGGAACCGUGGUUCUCAACUCUAAGAGGUUUCUGAAGGAUUUAGAAGAAGCCCAGAGGAGCUCGAACAAACGCCAAUGUUGUGUAAGUCCAAACAUCGGUUGAGACUGAGAAGCAUGUAAAUAAGCAUUUGUGGAAAAGGAUUCAGUUGAGAUGAUUGGCAGAGUUAUGAAAAGGCGAGACUCGAGAAAUCAGCUCAUUGGGUACAACAUGGUUCGAGGUUC